CGCAUGCGCAGUAUAUACACGCUAGCUUAAAGAAAGGCUCUGAAUAACAGAUACAUGAUGCCACUGGAAGACAGACCUGGGAAGAUUUUUGUGGGUGGCUUGGACUUUGAUAUUGAUGAAGAUGAGUUCGAAAAAAUGUUUGGGAAAUUUGGAAAAAUAACAGAAGUGCUGUUAAAGAGAGACCAGCAGACAAACAAAUCGAGGGGGUUUGGUUUUAUCACAUACGAGAACCCAUCAGAUGCUGAUGAAGCAGUGAAAGUGCUUGACAAAAAGCAGGACAUCAAAGGAAAGACAAUUCAUGUUGACCAUGCUGUGAAACCCGGGGGCAUAGGAGGACCCAUGGACAGGGGAGGGCGUGGGGGAUUCAGGGGCCGAGGCGGAUUCCGUGGUGGAAGAGGAAGUUACCGUGAUGACCAUGGAGGGUAUAGCAGUCGUGGAGGAGGGUUCAGGGGUCGAGGAAGUGAUCGUGGGAGCCGUGGAUUCAGCAGGGGCCGGGGGGACAGAGGGAGCCGAGGAUUCAGUAGGGGCAGCAGCAGCUACAGCCGCGGAGGAUUUGAUGACAGACGAGCUCCUAUAAGGAAAAGUUCAUUUGACAGAAGUUACAGUGACAGACCUAUGAGACGAGAGGAGGAUCGUGACCGUUAUGGUGGGGGACUUGAUCGUGACAGGUACAGCAGUAUGUCUGACCGACGUCUUCGGGACCUUUCCCCACCACCCAGAGGACUCGAUAGAGCACUCGACAGGGAUUUGGGCUCGUACCGUGACUAUCUGACCCGUGACCUCUCACCUCCGCCCAGGGAUUACCUGACCUCCAGAGAGAGACUGUCAUCCAGAGACCUGGGUCUAUCAUCGCGCAGUUUUGAUCUGGGUCGAGACCCUUUGUCAUCCAGAGAAUACCGCAGUAGCCGGGACGACUUCAUGCCAUCAUCAUCCAGAGAUUUUCUCACCAGAGACUCGCCACCUAGGUUUAGGGACAGUGGACGGAGUCUGAGCCGGGACUAUGACCGAAUCACCCGUGACCUUGACCUUCACAGAGAUCGAUUGACAUCAGGGCUUACCCGUGGUUACGGAGGUGCAUCCCCGCCCCCUCGUAGCAGAUCUCCUCUCAGGUCUACAUACAGCCCCCCUCGUGGGGCCCCCCUAGAUCGAGAAAGGAUCAGAGACUACAGCCCUGGAUCAAGAAGACCAAACCCUUAUGAAACGUCCCGUGGGGCGCCCCCAAUAAAAAGGUCACGACCUGAUGAUGGCCCCAUUGGCAGGGGACCACCUCGUGAAGGGCCCCCGAGAGGGAUUGUGAGAGAUGGGCCUCCUAGGGACUCAGUGAGAGGCCCCCCAAGGGAAAGUGGAAGAGGAGGACCUUUCAGGCGUUGAAAAUGCUAUAAAUAGAAAAUGAGAGUGUUGGAUAUAAAUAGAAAAUGAGAGUGUUGGAUAUUAAUAGAAAAUGACAGUGUUGGAUGUAAAUAGAAAAUGACAUCAUUGGAAAACCACCAAUUUGAAAUGUUGUAAUUGUGAACCUCAGUGCAUUUCUGAAAGGAAUUAACAACAUGCUAAGAAAGAAAAACUGUUUAGUUUAGAAAUGGGAGAACUUUACAGAAAAUUGUCAUUGAAUGGAAAUAAGAAGAAAGUUGAUACCUGGUCUCACAUUAUUUUGAUAUUAUACUAUGAGUGUCUCCAUUCACUAUUAUGAAUUGGCAUUAAAACAUACCAGUAAAAUCAUGGUAAACUUGAAAAAGUGGAAACUUGAAUGUUACGAUUUUGUUGUUUUCAUGUCUUUUAAAGUAACUGUUUUACAUUACGAUUGUAAAAAAAGAUAUAAUUGCUACACAUUUGAACAUCAUGAGUGAUUUUGCUUAUCAAAUAAUGAUGGUAUCACGAAAUUUCACUGAAGGACAAGUUGAAAUUAAGUGUAUGUUUUAAUACUGUUGCAGGAAAAGUGUUCAUUUUGAAACAAACAUUUUAACAAUUAUGACUACAUUGCAAUUUACCGCUCCUUUAUUAUUUUUUGCCCUUUCAUUUUGUGCUUUCAUUUGUACAUGUACAUAACAUCAUGUUUUUAACUGCCAUAGGAAAUAAACAAGAGAACCUUUGUAAAAUGUC